AUGAGCGAAUUUGAUAUAGAAUUUAAAGCAUAUAAAGCAGAUUUUGAUAAGAUUACUAAGCGUCUUUUACAAAAUAUACCGUUGUCUACGAAUGCGAAAAAAUUAAACGAAUACAAAUAUUCGCUUAUCAAAGCUUACAAUAAUAUUUUGCUACUAGUUAUUGGCAAUAGUUUGGCUCAUACCUGUAAUCUCAAGGAAGUUCAAGUUAAGUUAGCCCGUUGUAAGGAACAGUUAGCAAAGUGCUUUACUAAACUGAAUUGUCGCGUUAGGAUUCCAUCGGAUAGCUUAUCGCUAAUUCGCCAAUCAGACUUAGCUGACUCUGAGUCAGAAGAGUUUAGUGACGCCAAGUCAGAAGCUUCGCUCGACGGCAAGGCACGUGAAGCAAUUCCAACCGAGGUUAACUCAGUUCGACAAAUCAAUGAUGCGUUGAGAAACAGAAUAAAGCCAGACAACUCGAAAGUUGUAGCUGGGAAAAUUGCAUCUUUACAUGUCACAAAUAACAGUUAUACGGAAUUUGCUAAGCGUGUCGAAGAGCUUUCGGAUGCAUUAGAGAGUUCUUUGAUCAUUGAAGGUAUGACACAAUCUAAGGCCCAUGAAAUGACAGUCGAGCAAACAGUUAACGUUUGUAGACUUAAUACUCGAUGGGAUUUGGUAAAAUCAAUUUUAUCGUCAACUACCUUCAGUGAUUCAAAGGACGUAGUGGCAAAAAUGAUAGUCGAACAAAAUAAUCAAGUGAAAGAGCCUCAAGUGUUAGCGUUUCGAUCCCGAGUAAACGAGACAAAUAGUUUUAGAGGUAACAAUUUCAACAAUAAUAAUCGGUCAUCAGGCAACAAUAAUCGAAAUAAUAACAGCAACAAUAAUAGUAGUAGACGUCCAAAUUCACGCAAUAAUGCUUAUGUGCGCGCUUUAAACGCCCACGCCCCCAGGAGCGAACACUGA